AUGAGGUUUCGCGCCUUCUCUGAUUUGGAGAUCGACCCUCCUGCCCCACAUAUCUUGGCGCCGGCACCCGUCAACCCGAACGCGAUCACAAUGCCAGCCAUGUACGAGCACUACAUGCAGUGGGGUCGUAACUCCUUUCCGGACUUCGCACCGGAGACCUGCAAACUCGUGUCCAUUGCCAACUACAUCUGUGACAUGGAUGCCGCAAACUAUUGCAUGUCUAACAAACAGAAGCUUAUGUUGGCUAUGUUGAUUGAUGGCCAUAACUGGAGGGCUCAUUGUCGACAAGCUUUUCGGUACGAGGACGGUGCUUGGGUUCGCUGUGAGAACUUGUCCAUCGAUGCAUGGGAUUUGCUGAUGGCCUUGGAGGGCUUGUUUGUUCAAGUCUCUCUGGACUUGGCGGCGGCAGAGCGAGAGUCCCAAUGGAGUUGGGAAGCCGCCGGCGCCGAAGUGCUCAAUGUGAUUCGACAUCUUCUUCAACAGUCCGUGGAUGUGAUUAAAGAGCUAUGUGGCGUCGCCAAGGCUAACAGUGAUCAUCUUCGCAAAGCUACAGGAAACAAGGCGUGGCAUGCCAAAUGGUCUCGCCGUGUCGCCGAUAUGCUCGCUCAAUAUCGGAAGACCUGGGAAAGCGAAAUCUCCUCAAAGCCUCUAACAAAGUUGUUUCUCUUGGAGUGGGAUACACCUAUGCCUAGAUCGACAGGCGUCUGUUUCACGGACGUGUACCUCGACGAGAAUUGGGAUGUGGCUCCGAAAGCUCGUGAUCGGAAUUGCUACUUGAAACUGAACUACCGCUACCUGUAUGAACAUGUGAUCGCACAGAACCCCAACAUUGAUGUCAACAACUUCCGUAUCAGGCUUCGUCUCUUCCUCGAGUCUCUGUAUUACAAGAACGAACAUGGAUUCCAAAUCAAGUUGUGCUUCCUCCACGCAGCCUUCAAGCGAGUAUGCACUUCCAAAAUGAUCUUCCAGAUCGGCAAAGGUGGCGAUGGUAAAGGAAUGGAGGCAAUAUUGGAUCGCACCUUGUUCGGGGACCUUGCUUCCUCCACAUUGGAUUGUGGGGUCUUCUUGGACCGGUCGGAAUUCCGCAAAUCUGCGGAGUUGGCAUGGAACAUGGCCAAUGUUCGCAUCCAAGAGAUGGAUCAUAAGUCUUCCUUCCAUGCCGACCUAUGGAAGCGAUUCGUAGUUGACGAAGACAUCGACUGUCGGGUCAACUACGGCUUCACCACUAAGCGCAAAUUUGGUGAGAGCUUGAAGGUGCAGGAGUUAAAUUAUGACAACAUACCCACAAUUGAGGAAGCUCGCGAUCGCAACAAAUGCUGCCAGCAGCUGGAGAGACGUAUCGUGUGUCUUCGCAUGGGGAAGGGGAAACUCGUCAGUGAUGUCAAUGAGGUGGACACAGACAACGGCGUCUUCCUGUUGAUUCCACAGGACGAACUAUCUGCUUUCCUAUCACAUGAGAUAACGGCCGCCCUGUUCCUACGGGAAUACUGCAUUCCGUUCUUCCAGGAAACGUCGUUAGCAGAGUCUUUGAGAAUGAUCAACGACCUCGCCGGUGUUCAUGCCGAUCUUGUUCGUGAUACCAAGUGGCUAGCUUCACGCCUUGCGGGCGGCAAUGCUCCGCCUCCUGGAGACGAGACGGAUGAUGUGAAUGAGUUCAAUAGACUAGUCAUUGCUGCUCAUUCGCAGACGCCCUGGAAAAGAGUGUUGAAGGAGUACCUCAUCCACAAGAUUGAGGCUUUGCCAGGAGCCAUAUACUCGUCGAAAGGAAAGCGGACUAAACUUUCUUAUCUUAUCGAGGCCGUGGACAACGCUGACGUGAUCCUCUUGAAGCAAGUGGAUCAUGGUUGUUUCCACAAGCUCCUUCUGGAUUGGACAAAACUACAGGUGGCCAUGGACAAUCACGGCGGCAUCGACAAGUACGGGUCCUGGACGGAAUGGGGCGAUCCCUUUGACUUGCUGCACACGCAGGAGAAGUGGACAGGGGCAGCCUUCCACCAUGACGCACAAAUUAUCCGACAAAACAAAACUAUCGUCGAAGAUCUCAGUGCGCUCGGGCGUAAUAGUGAACUCCGCUUGCAGGAGAAAGUGAAUUUGACUGCGCUCAUCGCCUACGCGCAAGCUGGCAAUGAUCGUCGUCCAGAUCUCCUGGAAGCUUACAUUGCUCGGCAUCGUCGAGACGGAUUGGUUAAUGGAGACUUCUCCAGCAUUGACAUCGCCUACUACAGACGACCUCAUUAUGGACGCUUGUUGUCGCGAGGACCUUCUGGUCAAAAGCUCACGCGUGAAGCAAGGUUCAUUGCCUUCGGCUCUCACUGCGCCGAAGUCGACGCUCCUUCGUGCCAUCCUCGUCUAUUAGUUUCGAAGCUGCGCGAAUCUGCACUUUGGGAUGAGGACAAGUUCCCCAUGCUGAACAAGGUCGUGCAAUUCUACAAACAGUGGAGAGAAUCUCUGGCACAGUAUUCGGAGUGUACCGUUGAGGAAGCGAAGGUAGAGCUUAUUCGCAUUUUCUACGGUGGCCGGCCUUCCGUUGAAAUCCCAUAUUUGCUCAAGCUUUGUGACGAGGUACAGCGUGCCGCUAUGCUGUUACUGAAGAUGCCGACUGCCAGAGAGGCGAAGCUCAUGCACAUCAUGUCAGAGCACAUGGGAGACUCUGUGCAAAUGCUGCUCUUCGAUGGGUGCUAUGUUGAAUGCGACAGUCUUGCUGCAGAGUUGGAUGUCGUCGAAGCGUGUCGGGCAUGUGAAGCGAGUGUGAUUCCCAUGGCCAUCAAGUCGUGGCCUUCCGGCACGGAGCUGUCAAGCAUAGCAAGGCUGUUGAUUCGCAAGGAUCUUGGACUUUGGAGUAUCUGCCGGGCUAGCUUGCAAGGGCCAACCUCGUCUUGCUUGCACUACGUGAUUGCUGUGCUCCAGCCUGACUGCGACACUGACCUCUUGGAGGUUACGGAAGAUGAAGGUGAUAUCUCCGCUAGGGAAUUCAACGAGCACAUGAGGUACAGUUCGCAGCGCGCUCCGCAAGACGCAUACCGCAUGAUCUACAUGGAGGAAGUGGAUCUGAGCGAGGUGAAUACCCUCAACGGUAACCUCAUUGUCCAUCAAGCAGCUCCAGGUGGUGGACAUUGGAGUGGCAUCCGAUUCCUGGGCGACUCGACAGUAUGUGUCGUGGAUUCUGAGUCUAGCGGGCGUCAUUUGCACACCACCUUCCAGAUCCUGUCUCAGAUUGUGUCCUCCAUGGAGAAUCUGUCUUGGUUUCGUCUUCAGACGCUUACCCACGAUGUUGCUCUGGAUCAUCACGCAGCCUAUGACCUUCGUGGAUCAGGACCUUGCAAACGACCUGCGUCGCAAGCCUCAAUCACAAUGAAAGUGGAUGUACACUGUCCAGAUAGACUGGUGCUAUCCUCACCCCUGCAGACGUGCUUGGAGUGUGGUGCCUCUAUUCGGAAAGAGCGUGUGAUCGAAGCACGCUUAUAUGCACUCGACGGGGUACAUCAUGUGGAACAUUUGACAAAGAAAUGCUCCAAUCGCAAUUGUGCAACAUUGCACCACUACAACUACCGUUGGGUGGACGGCAACAAGAUCAACAGCUCUCAUGCAAGUGAUCUGGAAUUUGUUUUCGUGAAUCCCAAGACGGUCUUCACUCGAUCUUUCCUGGAUUAUCAUGGCAUGCUGCAGUUUCGUGGGCAUAUCAGUGUCCAUGCUAUCAACUUUGCGCAAAAGGAAGUCAUGUGGAAAGACGAAAAUGAGCAUGCUCGAUGGCGGCUAGAAUACUCUACCGCACAGUUGUAUCUCAAUGUCCUACAGGUCGGCGAGCUCAUGUGGUGCGACUUGUCGGACCAGGACACCGACAAGAAACUCCUGUCGAUCUGUUUGGAGAAGCCGCUUGCUGACAACUUCGUGCAGGAAUAUCACAAGUGGUUCCAAUCCAAUGAGAUUACUGUUAAGGAGAGUAAGUCUAUGUACGAGCUCGUGAUCGAUGGCCAUGAAAAGGUUUCAUCCAGGUGUUCUACUAUUACUCCUGCCCAUGGCGGACGGCCACGGAAGGACGGCACAGUCAAAAAGCGCACAAAUGGGUGGUUUAUGGCUAUUCAUCCAGAGUCCGGCCUCAUCGUUGGUGUGCAGGAGAUGAUCCACCCUGAGAACAAUGACCUGGCAGUUAGGAUGCUUGAAGAUGCGGCUGAAAUUCUUCCUGUCUUGGAUUGUAUCAUCUAUGACCGCAUGUGCUGCGCUUUGCAAGCAGUGCGAAGGUCGGACAUGCUCCGGGACAUUAAGUAUUUCUGCGUCGAUAAGUUCCACGCACAUGGUCAUGGUACAACUUGUCCGUGCUCGCCCUUGGUGCACAAAAAGUUGGACAAGAGAUUGAGAGAGGUGAAUACCUCUGUGGCUGAGCAAACCUUCGCUUGGUUUCGCAAUUAUGCCAGAACAUUCAAUACCAUGUCUCCGCAGACGCAUUUCUUCUAUGUUCUCUUCUACGUGCAGAAGCAUAACGAGUUGAUCCGCAAGAACAGUGUGAGUCACCUCAGCCCAUUCAGUUCAGGCCGUAAGCGCCGCCGUUCUCAGCCGUACAGUUGCAGCAAAUCAUUCGCCUCGAAAGUUUUCCGUCGUCCAACUGCAAAGGUUUGCUUGCGGAGGCCAGCAGCCUGCAUGGCGAAGCGUCCAGCGUCCUCGAAGUAG